AUGUCGUCCGCCAAGAAGACCGCCGGCAAGCCUCAGCGCUCCGCCAUUGCGGAUGUCGUUGCCCGCGAGUACACCAUCCACCUCCACAAGAGAUUACAUGGCGUCAACUUCAAAAAGAGAGCCCCCCGCGCCAUCAAGGAGAUCAAGGCUUUUGCUACUCAGGCCAUGGGCACUUCCGACGUCCGCCUGGACCCCCAGCUGAACAAGAAGGUCUGGGAGUGUGGCAUCAAGGGCGUUCCCUACAGACUUCGAGUGCGAAUUUCCCGACGACGAAAUGACGAGGAGGAUGCCAAGGAGAAGCUGUACAGCUAUGUGCAGGCUGUGAAUGUUAAGAACCCCAAGGGCCUUGCAACUGUUGUUGUUGAGGAAUAG